UCCCCCUGUCAGCCUCUGCCAGUGAGAAGUGUAAGUUCGAAGCGACUAUUUAUCAGCGAAGUGUUUUCAUUUUCUUCACCAUGCGUGUAAGAAAUAGCAAUUUGCACUGAUCCGAAAACUGAAAGUCAAACUCGUUUCAAGUUUACCGGAAACGACGGGGAGAAAAGGCAGAAACGACAACAUAGCUUUACACUUACUAUUUUGCGGCUUGGAAAGUUGGGCAGUUUCCUACUGGACUCAAUUGAAAGCAGUUGUCCAGAUAUCAUCACUGUUGGGAUUGACACUAAAUGGAUUUAUACUACACCAUGGGAGGCGAUGAAAAGUGACUAAAGGGCUAGUGCUUUAGCCAUUGGAACCCACGUGAAAUAACUCGGGCAGAAGUUAUAUAAACAAUCCCCCCAGCUCAUGUAAACUAACUGAUUUGCAUGUACGGUGUCACGACAGGUCAUAAAUCAAGCUAUUUAGUCAGAUCGCAGCUCGCCGUCAUUAGUCAGUCAUUUGGACAAGACUGAAUCAAUUCAACAUGGACCACCUGGAUUACAAAGUUCCCGUCAAUUCCGACUAUGUUUCGGGUUUAGCAAUGAAAAACGAUCACUCACAAAUUGAUAACAAAAUUGUGAAAACAGAAAAAUUACAAGAGGAUUUCAUUGAGAAGAAGAGUAAUGAUGCCAAAGAUACGAAAUCUGACAUGUCAAAAGAUGCUGAAAAUCACUCCGACCCAAAUCAAAAGCCGCCAUACUCCUACGUAGCUCUGAUUGCCAUGGCAAUUAAAGAUUCCAGCGAAAAGCGAUUGACACUCAGUGGCAUUUAUCAGUAUAUCAUCUCCAAAUUCCCGUACUAUGAACGGAACAAAAAGGGAUGGCAAAACAGUAUACGACAUAAUCUGAGUUUGAAUGAAUGUUUUGUUAAAGUGCCUCGUGAGGGUGGUGGAGAGCGAAAAGGUAAUUACUGGACCCUGGAUCCGGCAUUUGAAGACAUGUUUGAGAAAGGGAACUACAGGCGGCGUCGGCGAAUGAAGAGACCCUAUCGUGCCGCAAUAUCGCUCCCCAAACCUCUUUUCGCGGACUCCAGUUGCGCCUUUAAUCAACUUACACUGACGAAAAACUAUUUCAGCCCUCCAUAUUCCCAGUAUUCACAAUAUUCGCCUUGGAGUUUUGCACCUAAUUCUUCAUCAAAUGUUGGGAUGUCACAAAUAAAUAAUUACGGGUCAUGUCAACGGGUGCCGUCCUCAAUUAAUGCUUAUCCUGGAAUGCAAUCAAGCAUGCAAAUAUCGCCAUCGCCGUCGCCUUAUCCCCACCAGUUCAACGACUACAGUUCUGUUCCUGGGGCGUCAGGACCUUUUGCCUUUCCGUGUCGACAGCAAAGCGAGUCGUCGUUCAGUCCUAUGCAUUACACUUAUUGGACUGACAGAUAGCCAAAGAUGGAUUACCAGUCGUGCCUGAGAGCUAGUACAUGCAGGCACACCAAUGUCUGUCAUGGAUCUGGUUGAUUCAAGUCCAAAACUACUUGAAAGAAGCAAAUGUAUGCAGAUGUGUGAUUGUUGCAAAUUUGCGGUGUGGACACUCCGGGAAAUAUAAGCGACGUCCUAGCUAUAAAAAAGCUGGGUUAUUUUCAUUUAUUACAUAUAUUUUUCUCGGAUGGUACAGGGUUCUUAUGCUUGACACAUUUAACAGUGGUGUUCUGAUUUUCUUUACAAACGCCACCAGGUACAUAUUUCAACUGAGAACUUUUGAAUUGAGUUUGUCAAUAAAUAAUUAUAUUAUUGCCGAGACUGAUGUUUGUUAGUGAUAAUUUUGGCAUUCGGAGAUAUGUGUCGGAUCUAAAUGAAAACCAUAGGGCGUCCUUCUAUUGGUGGAUUCCGAGAGGUGAGCGCAAGAGUUGAACAUAAUUCUUCGUACUAAUAUGACCGCUCAGAUUGAGAAAAUCUUUAAAGGAGUCCCCGCGGGAGUCUUAUCUUUCAAAUCAAUUUCUUCAAGAGGACUUGCUUAUAGUUUAAGAUGAAUGUGGGUGGUGCGAAAUGAGUUGAGGAAAAAUGUGGUUUAGAAUUUCGGUUUUUUUUUUCAAUUCUAUUGUCCCCUACCUUUGAUUGUUAGGUCGACUAGUGCAAUUGUGUUAAUUAACCGGAAGUUGUAUGGAUGGGAACUAAACUUUGCAUUAUCGCUGGUAACUUGUCGCCAUUUCUGAGACGCCAUCCUGAUAUUGCAUUGGAUACGACUGUGAUUAAUCGCUUAAUACGAUUAUUACCUAAUUAAUUCAUUACAAUAACUAAUUGAUUUAGAAUUCUCUAACGUACAUGAUUUUAAAUAAUAUGCUGAAAAUAGAAUCAAAGAUGUUGCAAUUGUAUUUGGGAAGAGUUCAGCUGCAGUGUUGUCGGUGAUGGAGCAAUAGAUCGACAUCGUUGUGGACAUGCUGGUUUUAAAACUACCUGAAUAACUUUCUAACGUCCUGACGUACAUGACAAGUAGUAGGAAGGUCGUACGAAGGCACUUAUGCUAUGUGUUUCUCAUCUUCGUGUUCAGCUCCGGAGCGGUUGAUCGAAUGAAAAUUUUACAAAAGAUAAAAGACCAUUACUGUGGUAAGUUAUCGGUUGUUUAACCGGUUUACAAUUGUAUCAUUAUUGUGCUAUCCUCAUGCAUUGGUGUAUUGGUGUUGAAAGCUUUAAAGAUUUAAAUACCAAACAAUAAGAGUUACUUCACACCCUUUAAAAUACAAUAAAGUACAGCACAGAUUUAUUUAUUGAACGGCUUAUUCUUCAAUGUUUAUUCAUGGCGGGAUGAUACACAUGCAAGCGGGGAUAUUAAACACUUUUAAGGGUCGGCAAUAUCGGUUCUGCGACAAAUGAGAAACGCACUAACAAGGACCGAUGGCCUGAUCGAGGAGCCCAACAUUACGAAGGGGUCUAUCGAGAAUUAGAGAUUUCUUCCUUGUUCACCGUAAUGUUUAUUGCUAAACCCGCAAGACGUAAUAAUUUACAUGUAUUACACUGUGACAUUUUGAAAUCCUGAAUUCCGAUCGAGGUAUCGUAUGAGCGUCAGGCCAUGAUUCAAGUUCAAAAUAAACUCUUCUAAGGAAAAUAAACAUUGUAAUCAUAUCCUUGUUAAUCCAUUAGAUUUGCGCAUGCAGUAAACUGUGAUGAAUUUGUGUUCAUUGGUACCAUAGUAAUGUUUAGGUGGGUGUGAAAUGGGUUUAACGUUGUUGCACUCGUACAGCGACGUGUGGGUGCGGAAGUGUGAUUUCUACUAGUCCAGCCGACCAGUGCUUGUUUCAUCUCUUCAAUGCCGAACGCUAGGCAGGAAAACAAGUACCAUCUUUAACGUCUUUUGACAUAACGCGGGCGAGGGUUGAACCAUCGAUCUGCCGCUCAAGUAAUGGUAAUAUGACCCCUGGUGUAUUAUGGACGGGUUCUUUGUAAAUAUAAAAAUAUUCGUUAUUUACGUGUUUUUUUUAACCUUAUUCCUUUAAGGGAUAAUUCUAUUUGAAGUGAGACAAACGAAAUCUUUAUGGUCUUAUUCACUAGGAAAAAUAUAUUGUGAUAACCAUGUUGUUCUCAAUUUCCCAGUUCUUUCUCGUGUUUUGACACUACACUUGAUUAUAUUGAAUGUGAAUAUAAUUUUCACCAAUUACAUUCACUGUUUGUGGUUUAUCAUAUAUUUCAAUACACUUUUUAAUGUUUGCUUGUUUAAAUUUGUAAUCGAUGUAUCCUUCUGAUAACUAAAAUCAAUAGAGACGUGGUCUUUUACACUGGGUGCUGAAAAUAAUUGUUAUCUUAAGUGGCUGUGUCUGGUGAUUUGUAAACUCUCACACCAACUGCUGGCGACCAACAACCCCUUGACGCUCAUUUGAAUUUUCGGUUUGUACACACACUAUCGUAGCGCUUCGACAGGAGAAAGUUUGACUAUCCAAAUCUCAAUCCAUAUUUGCAAUGGCGAAAUACCACAAAAGCUCACCGGGAGUGGUGCGGUCUGCAAGGAAGGUUUUGCCGUCAGGGCUGGGACACGUGGAGUGGGAGCCACUUAAUGUAUUCAUGCACGUUAUACAUUUUUACCACCCCAAUAAAUGAGAUGGGUUCAAGUCUUUACAACUGAAAACGAAGGCAUGACAUCGGCAAAUUGUGAAAACGAUGCAUAUUUAUUUCAGCGCGUAAACCUGAGACGUUUAUAAAAAAAUAUU